AUGGCGAGACCCGGCCUGGGGUUGCUCCUGGCUCUCGGCCUGCCGCUGUUGCCAGCCCCCGGGGACCAGGUUUGGGGACAAACACCCCUGGUACAGGACCCUGAAGGAAAUGAAAACAGCACCGUUACCCCUACGGUCCCUGACUCCAGUGGAACCCUGUCCCAGGGGGCCAUCACCGCCAUCAUUGUGGUCUUCUCCAUCCUGGCCGCCCUGCUCCUGGCUGUGGGGCUGGCGCUGCUGGUGCGGAAACUUCGGGAGAAGCGGCAGACGGAGGGCACCUACCGGCCCAGCAGUGAGGAGCAGUUGUCCCACGCAGCUGAGGCCCGGCCCCCCCAGGACUCGAAGGAGACGGUGUGGGGCUGCGUGCCCAUCUAG